AUGGACCUCUCACCCUGGCAAACACCCCUCAGCUACAUCGGCCUGGCAACACUAGCCUACACAACCCUCAAAUUCACUCGCUCGGCAACAACAUUCCUCCUCCCCACCUCUCUAAACACCUACAACCGCACAAAGAACAACUGGGCCCUGGUAACCGGCGCAAGCGACGGAAUCGGCUUCGGCUUCAGCCAGGAACUCUGCGCACGCGGUUUCAACGUCAUUCUCCACGGGCGCAAUCGCGCGAAACUCGAUACGCGCGCGGCGGAGCUCAGGGCCGAAUUCCCGACUCGUCGGGUUGAGAUUGUUGUCCGUGAUGUUGUCGGGUUGACGGUUGAUGUGGAUGAGAUUGCUGUGGAGGUUAAGUGCAUUCUUGAGGCACAGGGCGGCGAGCUCUCCGUUCUCAUCAAUAAUGUUGGCGGCGAGGUUCGGCCGUAUACGGUCUUGAGUGAUUAUUCCUUUGAGGAGGUUGAGAGGACUAUUUCGAUGAAUGCUGGAUUCAUGACGCAGAUUACCCGUGUAUUGCUUCCUGUUUUGGAGGCUGGGAGUGGAGCGGUUAUCACCAAUGUUUCGUCCGUGUCGGCUUUUGGUAUGCCUUAUAUCAGUGUUUAUGCUUCAACCAAGGGGUUCGUGGAUACGUUUACCAAGGCGCUUGAGGCUGAGUGUAAGGCUGAGAAGCGCAACAUUGAGGUUUUGGGAUUGCGCGUUGGUCAAGUCAAAACAGCUGGCUUCGAUGUUCAGGCUGGGCUCUUUGUACCGGAUGCCAGGACUCUAGCCAGUGCUGGAUUGAACCGGGUUGGAUGCGGGCGAGUCAUUGUUUGGGCAUACUUUUGGCAUUGGCUGCAAGGACUUUCGUUUGAUAUUCUACCCCGGUCUAUGCUGAUGAUGAUCUCCUCGAAGAAGCUUAUGGCACUGAAGAAGGAAGAAGAGGAGAAAGCUAAGAACAGGUGA